UCGUGAACAGCUGAGCCAGAUUUAAACUACAAACUAAAGUCUAACUACGGACAAGAUAAAGCUCGUCUGCUUGUUGAGCCGUUGGUGAAAGUGCCAAAACAACCGUGCGUAAUUACGCAUAAUAGAACAAUGAGUGCCACAGCCGCUAUGGAAGUGAACGCCGAAGCCAGACGGAUCCUGGCCGUGUCGAUAAGCAAACUGUACGCCUCCAGGACCCAGAGAGGCGGACUUAGACUACAUAGGAGCCUUCUGCUCUCCAUUGUCAUGAGGUCUGCCCGGGACAUCUAUCAUUCCUCCCGGGAGAAUGAGGGGCCAAGCGGCGCGCAGCCAACACCGGAGGAGCCGAUGGACACCAGCUCCAGCCAGGCGGAACAAAACGGUCUGCCAGAGCCGCAGCCUGAGCCCCAGCCGGCACUGACCUCAGCCGAGCCGCCCUCAGAGCAGCCGGACAGUGAAGAGGAAGAGUGUGAUAGUGAAAUCACAGAGGACAAAGAGAACUUGAGCCCGACCAGGCAGUCCAGGAAACGCCGGGGCAAGGCGUCGGCGGCGCCUGACUUCCUUCCCAGCAAGAGGGCGAGGCUAGAGCCCGGGGAGGAAAGGUAUGCAGCCCCGCUUGGCAGCUGUCGCGCAGGGGAGUCCCUGUCCGCUUUGUCUCUAAAUCGGGUUAUACCUGCCUUCUGAACAGAUGGAGGGCGAAAAUAGCCUCCAAUGAGACUUUGGAGCCGAGUGAUUCUCAACUCCUCGCUAACCUAUAAGGGCGGCUUGAUCCCUUGUCCCAGGACAAAGGGAUUACCGGGGCCAUGGUGCGAGCUCUCCGGUCGAUCUGGGUUGUGUCUGCCGGGCUGGUAAAGCCCCUACAGAGAUCAACAAGCAGAGAAGGAGAAGAAACUGAUACGGGCCAAGGGGAGCUACAGGCCGGAAAGUUUGAGGAAGAAACUGAAGGGGAACUGGCUGUGUUGAGUUCUGUUUCCCGUGAUUCACUUUCAGUAAAAUGAGUCCAAACAGAUGACUGCUGCUGACUCAAAGUGUGUGCAUGUGUGAAUCAGCAGGAGUGAUAUGAGUCAGUCAGAGAAGAAGUGGAGUGGUAAACGGUUGACCACAGAGCAACUCACACAUAACUAGGACUUCAGGGAAUUUCCUGCCUUUGUGCCAGGAUAUCAGACGCAGACAUUUCAAAGUGGAAGGAGGACCAUUGAGGCAGACACACACACACACAUUCAACUGCUGCUGUGGACUUAAAUACAUACUACUGCUUGGGGACUGUCCUGUGUUCACAUGGUGCUAUGAAAAAACAAACAGGCUGUCCACAUGGUGUUGGAAGCCCAGUAAUCUAAAUGUUCUGUGUUUUUAUGUCACUGAAAUGUUCCUGUUCAUGUCUGACCUGUGAAAAAAAUUACCUCACAUUCCAAGCUGCUUUUUCAUUUGUGUGAUUGAAUUAAUGGUGUAAAUAUUUGUAAUAAACACGAUGAAAGGGUA